AUGCAGCUCAUCGCACGCUCCCUCCUCUUCCUCCUGCCCCUCGCGGCCGCCCACACCAACACGGCGUCCACCACCUCCACCAACCCCUCCACCGUCCCAACCAACAAAUACGCCGCCCGCGGUUUCACCGACAAAGUCAAAGGCGCCUUCGGCGACCCCGUGGCCCUCGCCAAGGACCUUCCCCCCUGCAUGGUCGACUGCAUGUACCCCAUCGCCAUCGCCAUCCGUCUCUCCGACGCGGAAGCUUGCUCCGGCAAGAACACCACCAUCUUCGACUGCCUCUGCAUAAAGCCCAAAGAAGGGGACGCUAAACCUGGCUGGCUGUGGGCCAACACCACCCAGGCGUGUCUGGCCGAUACUAAAUCGGCCCAGUCGUCGAAGUCGGAUCCGCUCAAAAGUUGCACGGAGAAGGAUUAUGACGAGGGUAAGGUGUUAGAUCUGUGUGAUGCGGUGAUGGGGGAGUCGAUGGACAAACAGAAUGAGACGUGGGUGGCGUUUGUGGACAACGUGGAGGCGGUUAAGAAGGGUAACGUGAAGCAGGAUUCGGAGGGUGGGGUGGGGGACGGUAAGGUUAGCGGCGCUGUGUCCGCUGUCCCGGUCCCUGGUGCGCUUGGAAGGGUCGUGGGGCUUUUCCUUGUUGCUGGAUUAGGUUAUACCAUGGGGUUGAUUUGA